AGGUCAUGUUCAACUUGGAACAGCGUUUAUCUCAAGCAAACCAAACUCUGGUGAAGGAGCAGCAAGAAAAGGAUCUCCUGGAGGUGGAGCGGGGCAUGUUGGAAGAGCAGAACCAGAAGUUGCAGAAGGCUCUGGAAGUGGAGCAGCAACGCUGCCUGAGGCUGCAGGGUGACUGCGAAACAGCAGAGACCGGCAGGCAGCACGAGCGCAAACAGGCCGAGGCGUUGCGUGCCAAGCUAGCAGAGGAACGACAGGCAAGCAGCCAACGUGAGAAGCAACUGGAGCAGAGGAUCACGCAGCAGGAAGAAGAGCUUCAGAAGCAGCUGGAGAAAGAGAAGGCAACCGCUCAACGUGAGACUCAGCGAGCGCAAGAUGCACAGCAAGUCCUUGGAUCUGUCCAAACAGAGCUGCAGAGGGUGGAAAUUGAACUGGACACAGCAAAACGUGACAAGGAAAAUCUGCAGAUGGAGCUCAGCCUGGUCAAGGCACGCUUUGAAUCACAGCGGGUCAAGAGCGAGACAGAGUUUAAGAUGGCCCUGGAGCAGCAGGUGACAGAGCGCCUGGCAGCCGUGCAUGAAGACAGCACCCGACAGACAGCCUCUGUACGAGAGCAGCUCAGGAAACAGAUCAUGGAAAUGGCUGCACAGCAUGAGGUUGAGAUGGGUAAGCAGCUAGCUGAGUUCAAAUCGGAGCUGCAGGAGCGGGAAGAGAAGCACCGUGGUGUGGUUGAGGGGUACGAGAUCAGGCUGGCGAAAGCGCAGGAGGAGACGGGCAGACUCCUCGCUGCAAAGAGGAAGCUGGAGGUGCAGCGAGGUGAGAUGGUGAUCAAGCUGCAGAGCAUGAUGCAGACCCACUGGAACGAAGCACUGAAGGUGCUGAUGUCCGAAGGCUCACCCCCAGGCCACCAGAGACUGUCGCAACCUGCCCUCCAUCAUGACCAAGUGCCUGUUUAUAGGGAGCUUAACCGCACAACAUCAGCCAACGACUCCGAUCUCUCCUCUUCCUCGACAGUGCCUUACCCUGUCCCAACCUCAGACACUGACCAGCUGAAGCAUUCCUCUGAGGGCAGAGACACUCAGCAAUCUGGCACCCAAGCGCACGGGAAUCUGGUCAAGCUGCAACAUUCAGCUUGGGUCAGCCAAAGGGAGGAAUCCCAUUUCGCCAAGCUGGCCCUGGACUGCAAGGUUCGGGGGGAUGGGAUUGAGGGCAGACAACCCCACUAUGCUAACGGAGAGCCUUGUGUGUUCAUGGAUAAUUCCACGUCGGACGCUCAAAGCUUCCAUGGUUCCAUUCCUCAGGCCAUUCCCUUGCAGCCUGUGAUACUGGCUCCCUCUCACCAGCAGGCACCGAUGGCAGCCAAAGACCAGGAGUCUGACCUGCAUCCCAACAACCUCGGCAGACACCAUACGCUGGCUUCAACCGCUGCUGAAACUCUGAAGCCCCCGAUGAAAGGUGGAGGAGGUUACCUGCAGCAGGGCCCUUCGCACUCUAGCAACCAGCCCCCACUGUCUGGGAACUUGUGGUUCUCUGAGCAGAGCCAGAACCAGUCAGCCAUGCUUCCCCUGCUGCCUUACCAGCCAUCAAUGGAGGACCUCAGCCAGCUGUUAAAUUACAGCUUCCUCAGCCAUGGCAGCUUCCAGCCUCUGGAACCACAGGUGGACGAGACCAUGGUAACAGCCUCUGGGGUCCAUCCAGACGAGCUGGCUGAGCACCCGUUCACUGAUGAUGCAGAUGACAACAGGCUAACCCACGAUCAGCUGGCCAGUGAGGGUGGAACCACCAAGAACAGCAGCUUUGAGUCAUCAGGGGGACAAUCCUCCUCCCAGGAGCAGAACUCCCGAAGCAGUGAGCUCCAAUAUUACAUCCAAAUGCUUUUAGACCGAUCGCCUGGGGAUCCUGUGGAAACUGGUGCGGAACCUGAGAAGCCCAAUGUAGUUCAGAACGAUGUGGCAUCCCAGCAAGGAGGAUCUCCAGUUUCGCGUGAUUGUCCCGCUCUCUGGGAGAGUGCCAGGCCGCAGCCGAUGAGACAGCUCCCAGUUGGGCAGAACAGCAAGUCUUCCAGCCGAGCCGUGCAGAAAGUGAAAGUGGACCCCUCGGAGGCCGUCCCUUUGCAGCGGGUGCUUGGAUCCCAAAGUCCUCGCAAAUCAGGAUUUUCAAGUGGAGUGCUGUCGCCCAAGCAGAUUGGCGAGCUGUCGCGAUUGCUGAGCAUGCACCAUGUCACCUCCAACCGACCUGCUCCAGCCAUGGAGGAGCUCUUCACCUACCUGAGGGACAUUCAGCACGAUGGGCCAGAGGGUUCAGAGACAGUGGCCGCAUCUGCUCGAAGAAACUUGGAUCAGAAGUUAAACCUAGUGGCCAAAACAGAGGGCUCAGCCACGCAGAACAGCCAAAGACGGUUCUCGGCAAACAAGACAGCGACGGAAAAGAGCUCCAAUCCAGGCAAACUAGGGAAGAAACCCGCGCCGAGCAGCCAACCAGGCAGUAAAGGAGCGAAAACAGCGGUCUGGAGAUGAGUAGAGGCAAAAUUAAUCUCUGACACCGGGAAAUCAUUCCAGUGACCAAUCAAUCCCAAUGCUCUGCUCUGGUCAGUGUAGCCCAUUUGUCCAAGAUGGAGGUGGGAUGGAACUGGUUGGCAAGACAAUAGGAUCUUGUGAUCAAGAUUCUCCUUGUGCCUAAUUUUACGGUAAUGCUGAGGGGUUGACGUGAUUUUCAGUGCUGGCGUGCACUGAGCACUUAUGCUCAUGAUGUCCUUUGGCGUCAGUUGGUAACAGUGCCAUAUAAAAGGCAAUAGGACAGCAUUGCCUUUUACAAUCUGAAGCACAUUGAUAUGGAUGUCUAUAGGGAUCUUUAUCCUGCAAGUAACCUGUGUUAUACCUCAUGCCCCAAAUAUAAAUGGUGGUAUGUCUCUUCAGCAUGUCAGAAUGGAAUCGUAGGUCAUUGAGAUACAAAGGAAUGAGUUUUUUGCUUCAUCACUUACUCCAGCAAUUAACUUUCCAAUCACAUCACUCCCCAGUAAUUAUUCUAUGUUGCAGCAUAUUGUCUGGUCAGGUUAAUGUAUUAACGGACUGUGAGUGCUACGAAUUGUGUUUAGAUUAACCUCCAAUUCUUCGCAGACUUUGCAGAUGUUUUCCCCUGCUUUCCUGCCUUCAAACUUACUGUUCUCCUAUUUUGGGUUGUUUUAUAAUCUGUUUUCCUGUUUUAUUUUGCGAUAAUCGGACUUCGCAUCUGUGUCAAGUAACGAUCACCUUGUUAGCUAUCCAUGAAAAGAGGUCUUGAUACAUCUCUUUCAUUCUCACUGAUUUCAGUGACUUCCUCCCCUUCUCUGUCUCUGUCUGUCUAUCGCUGUGUCUCUCCUUUCAGUCCCCCACUUUCCUUUCUGGCCCUUUUACUCCUUUAUUAUUCUGUCUUGCUGUCUCCUAUUUUACAGAUCAACCUUUGCCACGGUGCUGUGCUGUGAUGUGACAUCCACAGGUGUCAUCCUGGAGAGACUAGACCACCUCCAUUCUGAUUUGCAAAGCAUUCCUUGAUUGUUUUCCCCAUUUGUGUUGAUCCUUGCUGACAUAUCUGACCCAUUAAUUCCUGUGACAAUGAUUUCUCAUUCUAAAAGCAAUUUAUUUUGGUUAGAAUGCUGCAUUUUAAUCUAUUUUUU